UUGGCUGGCGAAUCGGGACCACUGUAAAAUGAACCAAUCAUAAACCUGCGAUGAUUGUUUGUGCGGGCGUUUCAAAAGCCGUUGGGGUUAACCACAACAACAAACACUGAGGCUAGCCUACUGUGGCCUAGCUUUACAAACGAUAAUCUUUUGCGUUUGCGUGCCUAGGCCUAGUUUCAGGCAUAAAUUAUAUCAAAAUAACCUGCAUUAGCUUCAGAAAUGGAUUCUUUUGUAAUUCAAGAGAAACUCAGGGAUGGAUUCUUCGGAGCAGAGCAUAACUUAGAAGAGCUUACAUGGAAAGGAAGUAAGACGAGGUUGGUGAAAAUGAUCGCCAUGAGUGAAGAUGAAGCACGUUGCAAUCGGGACGUCUUGAAAAACACCCUGCUCCAGAUACCAAAGCACGAGAACAUAGCACGGCUUAAGCAUGUGCUUCUUCGACGUGAAAACUACACUGAAAUAUUUUUGUGCCCUGUGUACAAGAAUGUUGAUGGAGAAUUUCUGAAUGACUAUAUAAUGUGCCGUUAUUUAGUCAUGUCCGAUAAUAAUUACAAAGUGUUUUUCACGCAACUGAUGAAAGGUGUUGCGUUCUUACAUGGCUGUGGAUUUAGCCACGGGUUCUUAAACCCAUAUAACGUUAUUGUUACUCAAGAUAAAACAGGAGAAGCUGUUUUAAAACUGACUGAUUAUGGACUGGCAAAGCUAUGUGGAAUCCCUGACAAAAACGCAGAAACCAAAGAUAAAGAAAACGCAUGCUUGAAAGAGGGGCGUGACCUUGCUCGUGUGUACUAUGCACCACCUGAAACGCACGAUGCUGAUGCGAGCUGGCUUCGACGGUGCUGUACUUCGGUUGAUAUGUUCAGUUUGGGACUUAUCAUGUAUGCACUUACUGAGCACAAGGUUCUACCAGAUACUAAAGUCCUUGCUGGCUAUGUUAACUAUCCUGGUUAUGGAUCGAUAUCAAUUGGAAAGUUUCGCUACGAGAACCCAAGUAUCAAUUUCGAUCAGCAGUUCUACAGUAGAUGCAGCGCAGAGUUCCGUCGCCUUUUACGCCGCUUGCUCCAUGUCGAUCCUAAUGCACGGCCUUCAGCUUCUGUUGCUGUACAACUUUUGGAGAAGUGCCCAUCUAUGAGAGUAACGGAAGUGGAUACACGCCAAAGUCGAAAGCGCAAGAGAAGUUCAGCGAUGUUUGAGCCGUUGAUGUCUCCGCCACAAAAAAUGUGUAUGUUGGGUGUUCACAGAAGAGUUCGCAGGGCCAGCACAUCCCAGUUUGUACGGCGUGCAUCGAAACGACUUAAACAUGUUAGCAACACAUUACAGCGGCGGAAUUCUUUAAAACUGCCUUCUCAUUAAAUAUUGUACAGUACUUACCAAA